AUGGACGCCUACCGCAGCGCCGCCAGCUGGAAGGCCAUCUCCGACUUCCGGGCGGCCGCGGGCUUCGGCGACUCCGGGGAGCUGGCGCUGCGCAUCCUGCCGCAGCUCGCGAUGCGGAGGAUCCUGCUCCAGAAGCACCACCUCCUGGGCGUCCUGGCGGCGCUCCCGUGCCGGCCGAGCAGGGACGAGCAUAUCCUCGGCAUCGUUGCCAAGGUGGACCCGCUGGUUCCAACACUGAUUCGCAGGCUCACGGCCGCCGACGAGGUCGCCGCCCCGGCGGUGCUGCGCGGCGCCCACGGCGCCGCUGCGGCAGGCGGCGGCGCCGGCGCGCGGAGCCGGAGCCCGCUGCGGCCGGCCAUGAACUUGCCGUACCUCUGA